AAUUUCUUUUCUUUUUAACUUGCGAAAUUCACAGGUGCUUGUGGACAUUUAAAAAUACAAGAAGGGGGGUACCGGAAGUCCUGUCCACAAGCACCUGUGGCGAAAUUGAGGUCUGUAGUGAUUUUGUUUUGGGGUGGGUGGGUGGGUGGAUUUUCGGUAUUUCUGGUCGGACUCGGAGUCCUCUGAGCCUGCACGUGUUUUUCUCCCUCUUACCCGCGAACUCUAGGCAAGCGGACGGGGAUUUUAUUGCGCAGCACUGUAGUCAUUGUAUUUGUUAACCCCUUGUAAGUUGUUCUGUGUAUUUGUUAAUAUAUCUGUUUAUAAGUGUUUUUCCGGUGUUCUUCGUGUGUAGGAAAUCACUUUAUUGGCGUCGCCGGUAGGAUAUUUUGCCCACCUGCGCCGCGGAUCAUAGCGGGGGCCGCGUGGUCGCAGGUGGGAGCCAUUUUGAAAUGUUAGAAUUUCUUAGUUAAUUUUAUUAGUUUACAUGGUUAAAUGUAAUUAUUGUGCCUUGUCUUGUAUUAUUCUGGUUUGUGGCUAGGCAGUAAUUCUGAUGGCCUGGUAUUCUGGUCAGGUGAGUCCGUAAGGGAUACAAGACGAAGAUGGUCUAUCAUGUCAGAUACGGGACUGGUACGAUCCGCGUAGCGGCGAGUGAUCAGUCCCGUAUCUGACACAAUAGACCAUCGGAGUCUUGUAUCUUACUUAAAACAUUGUUCUAUCUAAAAACAAAUGCAUUUAAAGGCAAAAAACCCACGUACAAAUAUACAUUGGUAUAGACAGAUGUAUUUACACCUUUCGUUUCUGAUUUGUUUUUAUACGCCCGUCUUAAGACGGGACGUAUUAUGGUAUGGUGUUCAUGUCUGUCCGUCCAUCUGUUAGCUUUUUCGUGUCCGACCCGUAACUUAAAUACUACAAGGCCUAGAAUCAUCAAACUUUGUCUGUAGAUACAUCUUGGGUAGAAGGUGUGUCGCACAUUAAAACCAGGUCACUGUGACUUUUCAUUAAGAAGAUAUGGCCAUAUAUGGCAAAAACUUGUCCAGCUCAUAACUUGGAAACUAUUAGACCUAGAAUCACCAAAAUUGGUCAACUAAUGCAUCUUAGGUAGAAGGUGUGUUGCAUCCUACUUUAAGGUCACUAUGACAUUUAAUUAAGGUGAUAUAAAAAAAAAAAUGUUUUAAUGGGUACAAUCUAUACCGUUAACAAUAUGUUACGGGCGUAUCAUGUGCCGUGGCAGUGCACUUCAUUAAUAUUUGAUAUAUUAGGAAUUCAUAAACUUUAAUGGCACACAAGGUCAACUGUUGUCUUUUAUUCACAAAAGACUGUUAGCUCAUCAUUUCAAUUGUCAUAAUACGAUACUCCUCAAAACAGGGUUUUGUUCUUCGUGGAAAGCGAUUCGAAUGCUUCUAUUGUCUGAAGACUGUACUCAACAAAACUGGUUUUCUUUUUUGGGUGAAUGAGGCUACGUAAAGGGUGUUCGGAAAGAAUCUUUUAGAAAAAACAAAACAUUGGUUUCCCACAUUCCUUUCUGGGAACCCAGAUAUGAUACUGACACGUAGGCCUAUAACUGGUAUAAAAACAGAAGCCACAGUCCUCUUUUUGAAUUUAGUCUGGGUGCCUCGAAGAAAUGGAUUCAGAUGAUUGAAAAGUACAUGAGUUUGCGGUAAGAUUAUUAAUUAUUUCUACAGAUUCUCCUAAAUAUAUUAACAAUUUUUUUGCACAUUAUUUAUUUUGCUUGUUUCAUUUUUGUUGUAUACAAUUUUUUUUAAUCAUUUGUAGCCCCAGAAGUGGAAAAUGCAAUGCAUUUUAUCUCAGAUCAAAAAUCGCUCCUACGGGGAAUGUAUGGUACAACGUCCCAGUCGGGGUACAUGAACUGCAAUAGAUUGUGGCCAAAAUGUUAAAGAGGCAGGAUUACAAAUCUCUCUUCGGGCUACUGCCGCUACACGCCUAUAUGCUGCGGGUGUUGACGAGCAACUUAGAGCGGAAAAAACUGGUUACAGGUCAUCUGUGAUUCGCAACUACAAACGCACCUCCGAGGAACAAUUACAGAGUGUAAGUGAUUUAAUUCACCGUCCAGUUUACCCGCCGGAGCCGAAGAAAGUGAAGCUCAAUGAAAGUGUUUCCUAUGGAUCAGAAAAAGAAAUAAACAUCACUGCCGGGGAUGUAACAGUGAAUUGGUGAUUUUAAUGUGCAUGUGUUUAAAUGAAUGAUUGUGACAUGGAUUUAUAACUGUGAUGCCUAAACGAUUUCAUAUACGGUAAAAUCGGAUUAUACAUGAAACACUCAUUUCGUAUAAUUUACUGGAAUAUUUCACGCCUUGAAUAUUGUAUUUGAUGUAUAAUAAAUAUGUUUUCUCGCACAACGAAGAGUGGUCUUUGUUCCUGGUUUUUACUGUCAGUCCAGUAUUUCUCAUAAUAUGGGCCUGCUCUUAAUAAUACUGGACUAUGUUCAGUACAGUAUGAAAAAUAAAGUACUGUCAUGACAAAGAACUGACGUCACAACAAUGUAUUAAGAGAUGGAUAGGUGACGGGGGGCAUCCCGGGGGAUAAGGUAGUCGGGCAGGAAAGCUUGGCGGGUACCCAAGUAAGGGAUGCGGGGUGGCAGGGGUAUUCCGGGGGUGAUGUUACGCGGGGCGUGACGGGCACCCAAGGAUGGAAUGCGGGGCCACAUGGGGGACUUGAAAAGGACCAAAAUUACCAGCUAGAUAGAAUGGGUUCUGUUGUAUCUUCAGGGACUGGGUCAGAUAAUCUGUCACAGGCACUGGAAGGGCGGCUUCUAAUGCUAGAGACCCAGUUGGCACAGUUGACUAACAAUGUUAGUAACAUGAUCAGUCAGGCAAUGUCUAGGAGAAACAGUAGGGGUGGCGACAGUUCCAUAGUAGUGACUCAGCAGUUAGCGGGGUGUCCUGGGAAUGUAGGUAACUCUUCCCCAGGGGUGAUUUGGGAGUUUCAUCGUUAAAUCCAGGUUGGGAUACCUUGUCCGUAGGUCAAGUAGGGGGAUGUGUUUGUUGCUCGUGGCUUCGCGAGUUUCCAUUGGUCGUGGGGUGAUGGCUAUGCAUCCCAGGUUCAACUGACGGUGAACCAGGGGCAACCCAGGUUUGGUCAUCGCAAGGGGGUACGAAAGAAAGUUAAUGAGUUAUGACAGGGGUGUGAACUCCUCCAUGUACACAGUACCCCGAAAUGCGGGGAAGGGUAGAUUAGGCUGCCGUAACCCAGCCGUUCUUGGGCAGGGUUAUUUCCUUGUGGUGUUUCCGGAUCUGCUGACGUGGAAUAUGUGAUGUCCUCUGGUGUGAUGUGCCGUGUCCGAUGUCCAAGAUGAUGCCUGUCCUGUGACGUUUUUAUGUGGAAAGUUUGUGACCGUAUGUGACUCUGUGAUGUGACUUUCCUGUUACUGGAUUUUCUGUGAUGCGUUGUGUGACCGUGACUUUCUGUGUUGUGAACUUUUUGGACUGCUAAAUUGCUAUGAUUUUAUAGAGUAAAGUUUAUCACACUGUAAAUCAUAGGUGGAAUUCAUUCAUUUAUUUGUAGGUUGUAUGUAUCUAAUGUAAGCUACAGUGUUGCAGGUUUAAUUUAUCGGAAUUGGGACAUUCCUCCUCAAAACGGGGGAGUGUAGUGAUUUUGGGGGGGUGGAUUUUUGGUAUUUCUGGUCGGACUCGGAGUCCUCUGAGCCUGCACGUGUUUUUCUCCCUUUUACCCGCGAACUCUAGGCAAGCGGACGGGGAUUUUAUUGCGCAGCACUGUAGUCAUUGUAUUUGUUAACCCCUUUAAAAACCCAGUGGUUAUAUUCAGACAAGAAACUUUCAUAUCCGGUUAGCGAAAAGGAAACUAGGAAUUUGAACAACAACUUGGGCUGAUUUUCAAGCCUGGUUUCAUACACAGAAUUUUGAAAACCAUGUCGUCAGCCGGAGCAAGACCAAAAACAAACACUAAAAAUCGACAGUGGUCAGGUGACGAUAAUUCCUGUCUACCAGCUGAGUUGCUGAACAACUUUUAUGUAGAUGUCAUCGUUAUUCACUCGAGAACGGACGAAGAACUCGCAAAUACAUUUAUUUCAAAUGUCAGAAGUAGAUUUCAAACGGAGGAUGAAUAUAUUAUCGUGAGUUAUCUUGAUAGAAGGCUGUCGGACGGGGCAGAUGGGUUUUCAGUGGAUUACAAGCGAUGCUCUGUCGCUGUGUAUCUUUUCACAAAGAAAUCUGUGGAAGAAUAUCACGGUCUAACCGAACACCCCUAUCUUCAAGAAUUGAUGUACAAAAAUAAGUUAAUACCGGUCUUAACACUGCCAAAAGAGGAACUAGAUAUUUCUAUGGCUGCCUGUGUACCAGUACCUUUGCUGUAUUAUAACAAGAAGGCGAGUGAAUGUCCAUAUGCAAUGUUAGAAUUGUUAAAGAACAACAUUAAAAUCCGUAGAAUGAAGGAGAGAAGUCAUACAGAAAAACGAGAGCGAUAUCUCAGAGACAACCCCCGGGACAUUCAGAAAGACUGCCCUGGUGCUGUUAAAGAGAAUCCUCCGGGCAUCAACAUCAAUGCAAAUACCGUUAUAGUGGGAAAUAAUACAUUGAUCUAUCAUAGCCGUAACACUGGGAGGAACAAGGAAAGUAAGCACACCAUUUCCAAGACAGACUUGACGGAAUCCUUAACAGACAAUACCAUACAACUAGACAGAGGGUGUUCUUACAGUGACAGCUGUCAGGACGAGCCAGGAAGAACACAACAAAACACUACCGAGAGCAUUCAAACACCAUAUGCUUCCAUGAGUUCCUCGUCAGAGGAAAAUUUCGCGUCUAACUCCAGCUUUUCCAAUGAACCACAAAGAGAUAGUGGCAAACACCUAAUAAACCAUGUAAGUUAUGGAACACCUCGGGGAUCAAAUUUCGAAAAUGCAAUAAAUGAUCCCUCAAGCAAUCCAGUACCGAAAGCGAUUUCCGGUGAAUAUUUCACGUGGAAUUCUGCUUUCAGUAAUGAAGAUAGAGCGACAAAUAGAGAAGAAAUGUCGCAUGAAAACAUAAGCACUAAUUCACGAAACCAUUUGCCCCGCCCACAAAAGAUAGAAUGUGAGAUACGGUCGUUUCCGUCUACGGUGUCUGUAUAUCCUUCCAUGGACGCUCCAGUAACAAACGACACAUCCACUAACCAAAGAACAACUUUGAGUCCAAGUACCGGAAGUACUAACGGUGAUGCAGGGCAGAAUAAGCAGGCUAAUAUGGAUCAGAAAAAUGUGGAAAGACCCAAGGAAAAUAAAACGCUUCAGAGAAAUAUGGAAAGAUCAAAGGAAAAUAAACCGCUAGAUUCAAGCCAGGAACGGAGGAUUAGAGAAAAGGCAAUCGCGAUCUGUGAUCCAAAAGACUCCUUGUUUGUUUUUGCUAAAGGUUUAGGCGAAUCUUUACGUAUAGACUCUUUGUUUAAUAAUGAUUGAUGUAAACAUUAUUCAUAAACGUUUUUUAUACUGCACUUAAGUUUAAGAUAUCUAUCAGAGCAGUGUGGAAACAAAUAACGAAAAGAACAAAUGAAGCUUGCUAAACGCCUUUGUAAAAUCUAAAUUUGAUGAUGGAAACUGUCUAUAUUUUGGAGUUGGGGAAAACAUUGGACCGGCUGCAACGGGUGCAUAAUACUGCUGCUCGUCUAUUUCCGAGGUCGCCGAAACUGGGACACAUAUUUCUGAUUCUGGCGGAACUGCAUUGCCUUCCCAUCAAUUACCGACCCCUAUUCAAGAUUUUGACCAAUACAUAUUGUUCCUUCCACGGAUCUGCGCAGUCAUACAUUGCAGUCACGACUUGUGGCGCCAAAGAUCAGAGCAAAACAAUACGGACAACGCCAACACAGCUGGGCUGCAGCACAUCUCUGGAAUGACGAUCCAGAUGACAUCAAGAAGUCAACAUCUCUUGAAAUUUUCCCAAAAAAACGUAACUCAUUUUUACCAAUUAACUUUUUAGAUUCUAACAUGUAUAAACUGUGUUUUUAAUUAUAAAACAUCCCAAACAAAAAAAACCCAAAAAACAUUUAAGCUUGUAAAGCGCCUUAGAGUGAUUUGUUUUACAUUAGGCGAUAUAUAAAUAUCAUUAUUAUUGUUAUUAAAAGACCAUACGGUCAAUUCAUCUUUAUCAGGAACGAAAGGCUAGAGCAAAGAGAAUCGAGACCUGUGAUCCGAAUGGUUCCUUGAUCGCUGUUGCUGAUCUUUAGGUUUCGACUCUUUGUAUGUAACCAUUAUUCAUUCACGCCUUUUGUACUACAGAUAGGUUAUAUACAGAUAGAUUAUAUACAUGUACAUGUAUUUGUAUAUAAAAAAAAAAAUAAAAAUAAAAUGUGUUUUCUUUCAAACAAA